AUGACCGAAUAUAAAUUGGUGGUGGUUGGAGAUGGUGGUGUUGGGAAAUCAGCACUUACAAUUCAGUUAAUACAGAAUCAGUUUGUAGAAGAAUACGAUCCAACUAUUGAAGAUUCGUACCGCAAACAGGUGAUUUUUGAUGGAGAAACGUGCUUGUUGGAUAUCUUGGAUACUGCAGGACAAGAGGAGUAUAGUGCAAUGCGUGACCAGUAUAUGAGGACUGGUGAAGGGUUCUUACUUGUCUUUGCUGUCAAUGAAGCAAAGAGUUUCGAAAAUGUUAGGCUGUAUAGAGAACAAAUACGACGGGUUAAGGACAGUGAUGAGGUUCCUAUGGUACUCGUAGGUAACAAAUGCGAUUUAAGUCGUGCCGUGGAUUCAAAAAUGAUUAGUGAUUCUGCACGCUCUUUUGGAAUCCCUUUUGUCGAAACGUCUGCAAAAACACGCAUGGGCGUUGAUGAUGCAUUUUAUACUUUGGUUCGGGAAAUCCGUAAAUUUAGAGAGAAGCAAACAGUGAAGCCAGACGAGCAUGGUUGUUGUAAAAUUCUUUGA